UGAGAAAAGAAUGGCAGCGGCUGAAUGCUAUGCUCGGACAUUUGUUUCGUCAAACUCAGAACCACAAUAUGGACCCGGGUCCGACCGUACCUUUCGAUUUCCCACUAUCCGACUAUGCUCACCUCUUAUCCGAACUAAUCCCGGGUAUGGGCCAAACCGGUGUGAUACCGAUGUCUUCAACCACGGUCAUCCCUGACAGUCCGGUGUCUAGCAUCGCCAUCAGUGUUGGCACGACAAAUACCUCGAAUACCCAAUGCACCCCCACUACAACGAACAGUGCAAUGGUGAACAACAUGAAUAACUGCAAUAGUAAUGGGGCUAUUGUCAUGAAUGGGGAUCAUCCUAGCAACGGACUUGCCAAUGCCAUUAUUCUAUCUGGACUAGGUUCAACAGAAGCCGGGGAAUAUGGCGAUGAGCAGAAACCAUCGAUCGAAUCAGGUAUAAUUUGUUUUUAUUUUAUCUAA